AGUGUAACGACAAUCGCAUAUACGGUCGUUCGUGGUCACGUAUGCAGGAUGUCGAACAGUCUGAUGUUAACCUCGUAGGGGUGCGUUUAGGGUAUCAGGGGGAAAACUGGGGAAAACCCUGUUGCACCGCUCGAAAAUCUUCCGUUUGAAGAUUCUCUCGAAACGUCGGACGUGGUGCGGCGCACUGGCGACGGUGAAAUCAUAGAGGGGACGACCCCUCUUGCCCUACUCCGUUGGGCGCAACGUCAUUGUGCCGUGUGGGGCCAUGAUCGUCGUAGUGUGUGUGCGUCCCUCGAGCUACGCGCAGACCUGCCCAGUAAAUACGAGGUUUCCGUUCCCGUGUACGUGUCGGAACAGUGCGUAGUAAAGAAGAAAGUUUCGUCUUCUCGGUAUCCCGUGUCACCGGCGUGUCCACCAUGCCGUUGAGUAUUGGGGUUAACCUAAGAGUGACCGGACACUGUAAUCAGGGCGGUCGUAAGUACAUGGAGGACAUGUUCAGCGUGGCCUUUCAGUCCACACCGGAUGACAAAGAUCUUGAAUAUGCCUUUUUUGGAAUAUUCGACGGCCACGGCGGCGGUGAAGCGGCUACCUUUGCCAAAGAACAUUUAAUGAACGAUAUUGUGAAACAGAAAAACUUUUGGAGUGAACGCGACGAGGACGUACUACGAGCCAUCAGAGACGGAUACGUGAACACGCACUAUGCGAUGUGGCGGGAGCUUGACAAGUGGCCAAGAACUGCGUCCGGACUACCAUCUACGGCGGGAACCACUGCGAGUAUAGCAUUUAUUCGCAAGGGCAAGAUUUAUAUAGGCCAUGUUGGAGAUUCUGGUAUAAUACUUGGCUACCAAGAUGAUGGUGAUCCACAGUGGAGGGCUAAGGCAUUGACCAGAGACCACAAACCGGAAAGUGUUCCUGAAAUGUUAAGGAUACGUAAAUCCGGUGGUAAAGUGGUUAUUAAAUCUGGAGUGCCAAGAGUUGUAUGGAACAGACCACGCAUAGGGCACAAAGGACCAGUUCGAAGAUCGACUCACAUAGACGAAAUUCCUUUCCUUGCUGUUGCUAGGUCAUUAGGUGAUCUGUGGAGUUACAAUUCUGAAUUGGAUACAUUUGUCGUAUCUCCUGAGCCAGAUGUUAAUGUAGUUGCAAUAGAUGUUGAAUCGCAUCGUUGCCUCAUUUUUGGAACUGAUGGUUUGUGGAAUAUGUUGACGCCCCAAGCUGCAGUGGCUAUUGUUCAAGCCGCUGAUAGGCAUAACGAAAAACAUCUAAUUGCUUCUCAGCAAACAUGUAAUGGGCAAGCUGAUAACGUACAAUUAUGGAUAAACCCCUCAAAAAGUUUAGUAGAUAGAGCAUUGGAAAGGUGGUCAUCGAAAAGAUUACGCGCUGAUAAUACGAGCGUGGUUACAUUAAUGUUGGAUCCACCAGGUCCAUCUCGUAGCGAGGUUUUAUUGAGUCAGAAAGAAUGUGUCGUACCGCAUCACACUGCACAUACGCCUAUACCUACACCUAUUUCUGAAAAUUUAGAAAAGAUUUCUCCUAAUCCAGUCGCUCGAAGCAUACCGAGACCUUCUCCAAUAGUAACUCAUAAUGUUGAUCUCAAGAAACCAGACUUCUUAAAUGGAAUUGAAAACAACGAUAAAGAAUCAAAAGCAGAGAAUGUGAUGUUAACAGAAAAAGUUGAUGAAAAUUCUGACAAAGCUCAUCAAACAAAAGACGAAAUAAUGCAGACAAAUGUUGAAGAGACUCCUCUAGAUAAUAGUACCCAAGUCAUAGAAUCUAUUUCCGACGAAAUAGUCGGCAAUUUAGUAACAGAUAUCGUUGAAUCCAACGAAGAUACAACGAUGGAAGAAGUUGAAAGACUUGAUAAAAACCAGUCAGAAAAACUACAUAAGCAAUCGGAUAACGUGUUGAUUCAUGAGAACAUUUCCAAAUCUCCUGGACUAGAAAACAAAAACGAUGUUAGCGUUACAAAUGUGAUACACCAAAGUGCAUUUUCUAGUGAAUGUAACGACGUAGACUCUUCUAAUGUUAGCAGUAACGAAACGAAAAGUAAAGUUAUCUCAGAAAGUACUGGUAACGAGAAUGAAAUAAAAAAUGACGUUUUAAGUAAACCACGUCAUAAACAGUCCACGUUAUUCUCUACCACGAGAGCGGAAAUUAGAAACGGACGAAGAAGGCACAGUUUGAACACGCAUUCGCGAAAUACUCUUAUAGAUUCAGGUUCGUUAGAAACAAAGACGUACGUAAAUUCGAGAUUCAAGUUGCGCAGUACAAAGGUAUCGGUGACAGAAAACACAGUGGAGGAAAGUGUAAGAAAUUCGACGAAUAAAACAAGGAGUAGUGCUGUUGGUAGUAAACGAAGACAUAGUGCAAUAUCGCAGAGUGUAGUUAGCACGGCUGACGAAUCGUGUAUGUUACAAGAAACCUGUGUUAAAAGGAGAACGCGUUCGGAAGACCGUCGAAACCCUGUCGAUGAGAACGACCCAGCAAACCAGGCUACAAAAGGUGCAAGUAGUAGUUUGAGUGGCUCUACUACAGAGUCAAACAUCGCUUGUUCCACGACCGGUGCUACAACUGUACCUGUGCAAGAAAGACUUUCCUCGUUGAACACUUUCCAAAGAAAUUUGGGAAAGAAAGCCACGCCAGUAAAGGCGAUCAGAAGACCCUCUUUCAAAGGUCUAUUAAAACAACUGUGGGCUGCUAGUCUUGGUGCAAGAGAGUGGGAUCAAGGAAAAAGUAGUCGGUCAACGAAUAGUUGUAACGAACGAAGGAUAAGUCGAACUAUGUCUCUUAUAGGUUCGUCGGACACUGUUCCGCAACGUUGGCUUAGGUCGGACACCAUUGCUGCUGCGACACCUGUAAAAACAUUGCGUUCGCGUAACGUAGAGAUAAAUGGUCACACGAUAUCUGCACAAUUAGUACAUCAGUACGGAAUGGUAAAGCAAAGUCGACUUUCAUUGCCAAGUAAAUUAAAACAGUCUAGUAAUAACGGAUACCUUCAGUCGAGUAGAGUAAGAUCGUCUUCGUUAUCAUCCGGUAUAAAACAAAAUAAUAGUGAUACUGGAAACGGGACUUGCUCUACGAUCAAUCCUACGAACACAGGAUGCAAUUCUAGUUCCGGAAUGGCUAAAAGAGUGAAAUCACCUUACAAUCCGAGCGCUAGAUCAUUAAGCACGCGAUCUCGAAUUAAACGCCUUGGAAAAUGAGGUAGAGUAACACGUAUUGAUUAUGUUACUUGUUCACAGGGUAUUAUUUCUUACCCUCGUCGUUUUUCUUCAGCGCGUGUUGAUUUUCAUUUCUAUGGAACGUAUGCUGGUUACAAAUAUUGUACUAUCGCAUUUUAUCUUGAAUUUUACGCGUCAAGGAUAUGCUGUGUGCAAGAUCAUUUAUCACGAUCAAGUUUUCCAGACGCCUCGACGGAAUUGGGCUUGCAUUUUAUGGACCAAAAUUCAUAUAAAAAUUAACUUUCUUGUUCUCUGUUUUAAUAUAAUUACCUCCUCUUCAACUGUUUUAAUUGUAAGCAAAUGAAAAUAUUGAGUAGGACAACAGCUUGUUACUGAUGCAAUGGUGUUAAGGAUGUGUCGGGACCCGAAAUCGCGGGCUCGAAUCGGCUUCGGAAAAACUCGGGUAAAAUUGGUCGAGAAUAUGUUUUAUUAUCGUUGCGUUGAAUUGUCAACGUGUUGUAUCGCUGCGCGUUGUGUUGAUAUGCGCUGAAAUGUCAUGAAUUAUCUUGUCACAGGUUACGUAGUCACAUAUUCUAUCUUUUAAAGUAUCAAACACUUGUGCGCAUGCGGAAAUUAUACUCGAUCCCACCCGAAUUUUUCCGAAGUCGUUCCGAAGCUCAACUACCCACCAUAUCGGACUUCCCGCGCAUUCUUAACGGCAUCUUAAACUUCCACGGCACAUUACGGGUGAGAAAUCAAUCGUAUUUUUCAUAUUUGCGUACUUUUAAACGUUACUAAUGUUAGCAAUAAUAUAUAAACACCAAUUGAGUGAUAUAACGUGGUUUCUUUUAUUUUUCGUGUUUCACAUAGACAAAAUCGGAAACUAAUAGAAUUGCACGUGUAUUUUCCGAUUAAUCCUGUUGUCCGCGUGUGGCAUUUUCCAUCAUAAAACACAAUCGUAAUUUUGAUUUAAGAAAGUAUCGUUAUCUUACUUUUUUGAAGAUAACUGAAAUGUUCCUGUUUUUCAGAUAGUAAGCUACUACUAGUUCAAAAUGAAUGCUAGUUAAAUUAUGAUUGACACGAAUCGAAAUGUAUAUUUAUUAGAAGAAGUUUUUCGUUAUCGAAAACUAAUAUUUCUAUUGCUUUGUUCCGCUAAAAUAUCACCUUGGCUUAAUAUUGAGAAACUCCUUCCAUUAUUAUAUGCUUUCUAAUAUUUGACUAGCUUAUCGAGGUGUUAAUUAUAGAAAGGGAAAGCUGAGAAAGUACAUGAACAUAUGUAUAAAUUGUAUGAGAGAUAAAAGAAAAGAUAGCAUGAUUGUAUCAAAGGGAGAAAAAAUGUGUAUAUGUGAAUUAUAGAAAAUAUGUUUUUCCAAUGAUUCCUCUUAAGUGUUACAGUCUUCUAUGAGGAAAUGACUUUAAGGUGAUUAACAAAUAGUUAAAGAGAAUGUAAUUUGCUUACAGUAAGAUUUAGAAAUUAUUAAUAUCUAGAAUGUAGGUACGUAAUCACUGAUCAGCUUUGGCUAAAUAUGGAGUGGUUAUUCAAGAUUCAGUAUAAAAAGCGAGAUGUAAUCAUUAAAUUUUGAUAUUUAACUUUAUAUAAUAACAGCACAAAGUCCAAGCAUCUUUCUACAUCAAAGAUUUUAAGGAUAGCUUGUCAUGAUUCUUAUAUAUCAUUAUUGCGAGUAUUUAAUUGUUCACUUAAGUACGUGUGACGAAGUCUUGAAUAGCAACUGCCUGGUACAAAGCAACAAAAUGACUGUCUAUUAUGCGAUACAAAAUAUAGAUUAUAUUUAGAGCAAUUUAAAGAAGUGGUUGAAUUAAAUAAGUAAUAAAUUCAUUUGUUUAUAGUUGUAUAAUAAUGAAUUGCUGAAAUCAGCAUGCAGGUGUUUUAUAUAAAUCAGUGCUUAAAUUGUUAAGUAGGAAUACAAAUUAUUGGAAAUUUUGUUCUUUUUUUUUUAUGUAUGUGAUUUUGAAUUUGUGGUAUUACUUUAAGAUAAUUUAAAGCAUGUGAGUAGGUAGCACUGCAAAAUGUACUUCAGGUCAAUUUAGCUAAACAUGUUACAAAUAAUUUACUGCUGAUAAUCAAAGUGGUGCAGUAAGUUCAUGCAUGUGUACUACAAUUUUGAUUUGCAUGGUCUACAUAUUCACUAUACAUAUAUUGGAAUUUUCAUUUUUGCUUUUUGUAAAAGAAAUGAUUAAGAAUGUGACUAAUGAUUUUAUUUUUACAAUACAGAUUUUGAAAUCAAUUUAAUUGACGUGAAACACUAGGAAAUAUUUUUAACAAAUAACAUUGUGAUAAAAGAAUUUACUGUGUCCACAGGUUAUUUGACUAUUUAAAAUAUACUUUGGAAAGUACACGUUUAUAUUACUUUAUCAAUAUUUUUAUAUUUUUAUGUUUCAUUAUAGACAGUGCAAAAGAAACAUAAGUUCUGUGAAAGAGUCGAGAGGAAUAUAUGAUAAAUAAUAACACGUGCCUACAAUAGUUACCAUUUAAUUGUAUAUAUAUAUGUAUAUAUAUAAAGUGUAUUAGUACAUCAUGGACCAAGAAGAAAGUUUUUCAUUAGAUAUUAAGCGAUAAAAGACUAAAACAAAUUUUAAAAGGAACGAAUGUUAGACUUAUCCUUAUAAAAAAAUAAAGAGUAUAUACUUUAAGAGUGUCUCUUCUUGGUGCAUGCCAUAAAGUUGUCACUAUAUAUACAUAUAAAUAUAUAAAUAUGUAUUUAAACAUAUACAAAUAUAUAUUUAAAUACAUAUAUAAACUGUACACGUAUAUUUAUAAGGUGUCUAUAUACGUGUAGAUAAAAAUUGUAGAUGAUUAUGCUCAUAGGAGAAGAAAUAAAUAAAAUUUUUGCUAGCGUUUAUUUAUAUACAUGAAAAAAAAAAAAUGAUUAUAAUAUACAUAGAGAAAAGAGUGGAGUAGUAAAGGAUGAAUCCGUCUGGUUGCGCUUGUAGAUAUAACAUUCGCUACAUAGGUCAUCGAAGCUGAGUAUUUUCCGAGAAUUGAAAGAAAUAACAAGAAAAAGAAGGGAUUUAUUAAAGAAAUCAGAAACACGUAGUGAACGAAAAAUUAAUAGUGGUUUAUCUCAGGUUAAGACUAGGUCGAAGGAGGCGAACUUGAACAAAUGUGUGAUCACGUUUAAAAUCUGUAUAUUUUAAUUAAAAUAAACUGAAAUAUACAAAUGCU